UGUAAAACAAGAUGAUGUGGGCGGUCUAUGGUAUUACGUUUUUAUUGUUUGUGCAACAUGCGGCAAGCUACAAUAUUCUCGUGUUGUUUGGGCACAUGGGAAAAAGUCAUUACGAUGUUUUCAAGCCGCUAUUUCAAGAGUUGGGCGAACGAGGACACAAUAUCACUAUACUUAGUCAUGUGAAAACUCAAGGCGACAUAAAGAAUAGUAGAGAUGUACUAUUGUCUAAUGUACCAUUAGUGAACCACCUGGAUCUAAAACAUUUUACACAGAGCCACUUGCAACGUUACACUGAAGUAGCAUUUCUCGCUUAUUUCUCAGACUUCGCUUGCAAUUCUUCGCUGCAAAGCGAAGAAUUGCAAAAGUUUUUGCAAGAAGACCAGCACUUCGAUGUAAUUCUGGCUGAAUUUUUCAAUUCAAACUGCUUGUACGGCCUAAUUACGAAGUACAAGGCUCCAUUUAUCGGCUUGAGCUCUUGUGCAAUGAUGCACUGGCACCCACGAUGGUUCGGGGCUCCGGACAAUCCAGCGUAUGUGAAUUCGAUUUAUAUGGCUUAUCCUGCACCAAUGAGUUUUCUACAGCGAAUGGAGAACACCUUGAUGCAUUUAGUAAACAUCUUUUGGUAUAAAACCUAUAUGGAACAACCUGGAAGAGAAUACUCCUUGAAAUAUACAGGUUUUGAACCGGCUGAUCCUCAUCAGGCUAGUUUACUGCUGGUAAACACCCACUACACAUUGCACGGAGUCCAACCCCUAACUCCCGCCAUUGUUGAAGUCGGCGGCCUACACGUAACCAACAAAAAACCGAAAAAACUGCCUGAGGACGUGGAACGAUGGACAAACGAGUCGACCUCAGGCCUAAUCUACUUUAGUUUAGGCUCUCUUAUCAAAGGGCAUACUUUUCCGGAAGGUCAGCUAGGGGCCUUUAUGAAGGUAUUUUCUAAACUGCCUCAAAGGGUUUUGUGGAAAUGGGAGGAACAGACGAUGAAAGACAAGCCCGAUAAUAUUAUGUUAACUGAGUGGGCUCCGCAGUACGAUGUUUUAUGUCACCCAAAUACUGUCCUGUUCAUUUCGCACGGAGGUCUUUUGGGAACCACCGAAGCUAUUCAUUGCGGCGUGCCUGUAAUAGUGAUGCCUCAAUUUGGAGAUCAGCGAAUGAACGCGAAACUUCUAGAAAAACAAGGGGCCGGUGUUAUAUUAAAACUACUUGAUGCCACAGAAGAAACUAUAACUGAAGCUUUAACCAAAGCACUUAGCAAAGUCACAAGACAAAAAGCCAAAGAGCUUUCGAAUCGGUUCCGAGACCGAUUAGUUUCGCCCCUGGAAAGUUCGGUUUACUGGAUCGAGCACGUGGCCAGGCACAAAGGGGCCAAACAUUUGCGAUCCGAAGCUAUCGAAAUGCCGUUUUAUCAGUACCUACUCUUGGACGUAAUCGGAUGUUUACUUAUCGGAAUCUUGGCUUUAUUGUAUGCGGCUAGGAAAAUUGGUUUGCUGAUUGUACGAACGUGUUGUGGAGGAAAAAAGAAGAAAUUAUUAUAAGUAUUUUUGAUUUAAUAAAUAUUUACUUGACGUCAAAGAAUUGACUAUA